GAGCCAUUGCCUGUGUUAAACUAAAGAAAUUUAAAGAAGCAAUCACUUGGUGUGAUAAGGGAUUAGCUAUUGACAACAAUAAUAGGAUUUUGUUGUCAUUAAGACUUCAGUCUCUCAGAGAAGUGGGGGAUAAGUCCGUGGAUGAAAAAGAUCACAUUAGCUAUGACCAUGUUGGUCCAAGUUCAGGUGAUGUCAAGAAGGUCAUUGACUUCUAUAACUGGGAAGCCAAGCAUCGGGAGGGUAACAUGUAUUGCAAUCUUGGCAAUGCUAAUAUCAAUCUGGGUAAUUUCAAAAAAGCCAUAGAGUACCACAACCUACAUCUUAAAAUAGCUAAAGAAGUAGGAGACAAGCAUGGGGAGGGUAACGCUUAUGGCAAUCUUGGCAAUGCUUAUGACAGUCUAGGCGAUUUCAAAAAAGCCAUAGAGUACCACAAUCUAUAUCUUAAAAUAGUUCAAGAAGUAGGAGACAAGCAUGGGGAGGGUGGUGCUUAUGGCAACCUUGGUAUUGCUAAUUGCAGAUUGGGUGAUUUAAAAAAGGCCAUAGAGUUCCACAACCUAAGUCUUAAAAUACUUAAAGAAGUAGGAGACAAGCAUGGGGAGGGUAAGGCUUAUGGCAAUCUUGGCGUUGCUUAUAAAAGACUGGGUGAUUUAAAAAAAGCCAUAAAGUAUCACAACCUACAUCUUAAAAUAGCUAAAGACGUAGGAGACAAGCAUGAAGAGGGUAAAGCUUAUUGCAAUCUUGGCGUUGCUUAUAAAAGACUGGGUGAUUUAAAAAAAGCCAUAAAGUAUCACAACCUACAUCUUAAAAUAGCUGAAGAAGUAGGAGACAAGCAUGGAGAGGGUAACGCUUAUUGCAAUCUUGGCAAUGCUAAUUACAAACUAGGUGAUUUCAAAAAAGCCAUCGAGUACCACCACCUACAUCUUAAAAUAGCUAAAGAAAUAGGAGACAAGCAUGGGGAGGGUGGUGCUUACGGAAAUCUUGGCAAUGCUUAUUACAGUCUAAGUGAUUUCAAAAAAGCCAUAGAGUACCACAACCUACAUCUUAAAAUAGCUAAAGAAGUAGGAGACAAGUAUGGGGAGGGUGGUGCUUACGGCAAUCUUGGCAGUGCUUAUUACAGUCUGGGUGAUUUCAAAAACGCCAUAGAGUUCCACAACCUAAAUCUUAAAGUAGCUAAAGAAGUAGGAGACAAGCAUGGGGAAAGCAACACCUAUGGCAAUCUUAGCAAUGCUAAUUACAAACUGGGUAAUUUCAAAAAAGCCAUGGAGUACCAAAACCUACAUCUUAAAAUAGUUAAAGAAGUAGGAGACAAGCAUGGGGAGGGUGUUGCUUAUGGCAAUCUUGGCAAUGCUAAUUACCUUUUGGGUGAUUUCAAAAAGGCCCUAGAGUACCACAAGCUACAUCUUGAGAUGAUUAAAGAAGUAGGAGACAAGAAUAGGGAGGGUUGUGCUUAUGGCAAUCUUGGCAAUGAUUAUUACGGUAUGGGUGAUUUAAAAAAAGCCAUAGAGUACCACAACCUACAUCUUAAAAUAAGUAAAGAAGUAGGAAACAAGCAAGGGGAGGGUCAUGUUUAUGGUAAUCUUGGCAAAAUGUAUCAAACUCUGGGAGAUUUGAAAAAGGCCGACGAGUCGUACAAGCUAAUGCUCGAAACUGCCAAAGAGGUCGCAGACAAAUUCUUGGAGGCAACGGCUUAUUAUUCAUUAGGAUGCGUUUCUGAGUUGCUGGGUCGACUGCCCAAAGCCGUUGAACAUUACCAAGCUAGCAUAACCUUAUUCAAUUCCUUGAGAGUACUUCUAAAAUCUAAAGAUGAAUGGAAAGUUAAUUUUCGAAAUCAGUAUCAAAUUGCGUACACAGGUUUGUGGAGAGUUCUAGUAGAACAAGGUAAUAUGGAUGAAGCCUUGCUUGCUGCUGAGAAGGGACGAGCUCAAGCUCUGACCGAUCUUAUGGAAUUCCGUUUUUGUGGUGGAACAAGUCAGCACAAGAAAGGAGAUGAAGAUUUAGCGGUUUUAAAAGACGUUCCAUUAAACACUGUCUUUCAAGCAGUGGACGGAGCUAGCGUCAGUCUUUGGGUUGUGUCCGAAGGAAAACAAGUUCAGUUAAGACAAUGUAAACUGAAUAGUUCUGUUUCAGGGAACAGUGGAGCCAGCCAGUCCUUUAAGUCGUUCAUACUCGGUGUCUAUACACAACUUGGUGUUCGUUCUAAUGUGAGAUGCGAGAAUCGAUCUUUGGAUGCUUUGAGGGAGAACCGUUCAAAAGUGGAUGAGAAAACUAAAGAAGACAACUCUCAACCUUCCAUCGAAUGCUUAAGCACUUUGUAUGAUACCGUCAUGAAGCCAGUGGCUGACCUGCUUCAAGGGGAUGAGUUACUCAUUAUUCCCGAUGGACCCCUGUGGCUCGUUCCUUACGCCGCACUCAAGGAUGGUAAUUCUAAAUAUCUGUGUGAAUCGUUCAGAAUCCGACUCGCUCCAUCGUUAACAAGUCUUAGACUCAUUGCCGAUUGCCCAGAUGAUUAUCACAAAAGCAGUGGUGCUUUACUAGUAGGGGAUCCGUGGGUAGCCGAGGUUACUAACAGUAAGGGAGAGAUACUCCUCGAGCAGCUUCCGUGUGCUAAAGAAGAAGUAGAAAUGAUCGGAAAAAUUCUGAAUAUCACGCCAAUCACUGGCAGACAGGCCACGAAACGUGAGGUGUUGAAAAGACUCAGUUCCGUUUCCUUAGUUCACUUUGCGGCACACGGAUGGAUGGAAACUGGCGAAAUUGCUCUGACACCUGACCCACACCGAAGAUCUACUGUGCCAACGGAGGAGGAUUACAUUUUAACAAUUGGAGAUGUGUUGAAUGUUCAACUUCGCGCCAAACUUGUUGUGCUUAGUUGCUGCCACAGUGGUCGGGGCGAGAUCAAGGCUGAAGGUGUGGUUGGCAUUGCGCGCGCUUUUAUGGGGGCUGGUGCUCGGUCUGUUGUGGUGUCCCUGUGGGCGAUCGAUGACGAGGCUACUCUCGAGUUAAUGAAAUGCUUUUAUCAAAACCUUGCAAAAGGUAAACCUGCAAGCGAAUCACUGAACCUGUCCAUGAAAAGCCUCAGAGAAUCAGACAAGUUCCGUGACAUCAAAUACUGGGCGCCUUUUUUUCUAAUUGGAGAUGACGUCACUCUUGACUUCAUGGCAAAGGAAAUAUAA